AUGUCAGGUUGGGGGAGUUGGUUAACGGGGAGUCAACCGGCAGAUGCUAAGCCUGCUGAUGGUGCAUGCCCCAAAGAAAACUUCUUUCCUGUCACGGACAAGUAUGAUCAAACGCAGCUGCUGGGCGAACUGGCUCCAACCGAUUUGCACUGGACGUGCCCUUCAGGUCUUUCUACGGAGACAUCAACCUGGUAUACGACACUUGAAAAUGGUGCAUUUUUUAUGAACCAAAUUAUCUAUUCGCCCGUGGGUCUUUUCCAGCCGCAGGUCCAGAUGACAUUCCGUUACUAUGAUCCCAACACAGGUGAAAAUGUGUGGAAGUCGAAGAAUGUCGACUCAUUUCAGGUGCUUCCCAACAACAAGCAUUCGUGCAAGUCGAGUGCUUUCACCAUCGAUUUCAAAGAUGAGUCGAAUGGCUCGCAAUCGUACAAUGUCUCUGCCACGCUAGACAACGAUGUCCAGUUGAUGUAUUCCAUGACCCGCCCUUCCGAAGCUAAGGGCUGGAAACUGGGUCAGGGUCCUAAAGGAGGCUUCAGUUACUUUGGAGAAAAUGAGAACUCGCCGGAUGGAUACGUGGUGCAUCGAUUCUGGCCGUAUACCAAGACGUCCGGUAUGUUGGUGAUCAACGGUCGUGCCAUGGAGGCCAAUGGCCAGGGCAUGUUUGUGCAGGCCAUUCAAGGUAUGCGCCCGAACCUCGUCGCGACGCGUUGGAACUUUGGCAACUUCCAGAGCAAGGAAAACCAUGGCACCAGUGCCAUUGUGAUGGAGUUUACGACUACGUCUGGCUAUGGCAAGGUAGAUGCGUCGUCGCAGACUCGCGUGCCGCAAACUGUAACAAUAGGCUCAGUGGUUUGCGGUGGUAAGCUCGUGUCUGUUGUGGGUGCCACGCGUGCUUCUAAUGCCAGCGAGGUGCCUGCUACGCGUGUACAGCAUGAAUCGUGUGCCAGGGACGAGCUGACGGGCUAUGAUGUGCCUCAGGUGAUGAAGUUUGUUCUGCAGGGUCCGGCUGUCGUCGGUGUAGACAAGCCAUCUGCUGACACCGUUGUCCAAGCAUCUAUGGAGGUGUCCCUCGGCUCUCCCUCGGCCACCAAGGGCCUGAUUGAAAAAGUUGACGUGCUUGCUGAGAUUCCGUACAUGGUUCGCAAGCUCGUCAACUAUGUGGCUGGAGCCAAGCCGUACAUCUAUCAAACACUGAAUCCCACGCAAUUGAAGCUCGAACUGCCUGAAUCGGUGGCUCAGGCCAUCGGAACAGACUCGUCGAUCGAGGUGCCAGGCGUACUCUUUGAGGAGCAUACAUUCAUUAGCGAGUGA